GUGGAUUCUGAUUGGAUAAGACUCAUGGUGUUAUUUUUCUAUUUCUGAAACAAAAACAUGGCUGACCAUACGAGAUGGUCGGAUGAAUCUGACAAUUUUUCAACUCUGGAUAAUGAUUUUUUAUCGACUAAUCAGUGUGAUACUUUGCAAAUUGAUGAUUUAGACAUUCUUAAGUAUAUCAAUGGUGACUUCCACACUGAUGCUGAUCUCUUCACUACUCAAAACUAUGAUGUCAGCCUGGAGCAGUCACUGGGGCUGGAGCCAUCCUUGGUGCUUGACCAGCAUCUCAGCAUUGACCCUGCUUUUGAGGUUGACACCGACCUGACAAGCAGAGGUCUGAGCCUGGACAUUCCAGUGAGCAUAGACGAUAGCAAUAUGGAUAUUACGCACAUUAAGCAAGAACCAAAGCAAGAGCUUAGUCCUGCAAUGCCCUUUAAGUUUGAACUCUCUGAAGCUAAGAAUGAUUUCUCCUCCAUUCUGAAACACGAGUUUAAGCCAGCUAACAUCACACCUUUACAGUUGAACAUCAACAGUAGCCAGUUGUCUCAGACAGCAGCCCUGAAGACACUGCUGGAAUUACAUGAUGCUGCUCAGGCUAAGAAAAUGCAGGAAGCGUCAUCACAGUUAGCAGCCCAGAAACAGAAAAUACUAGUUACAUCUCAGCAUCCUGCAGUACAGCGACAAGUUGGUGGAAGUAUUCAACCUAAACUAACAUCUCAGCAGCAGUUAAAGCUGAUUCUUCAGCAGCCGUUAUUGAACAAUGCUACAAACACCACUAAUGUCUGUCAGCAGCCUAAACCCAUCCAAGCUGUAACACCACAGGUGCAAUUAAUACAACAGGUCCCUCAACAACCCACACAAAUCAACAUGCAACAGCUUCAACAACUGCUACAGCAAGUGGCCAAAGCCAAUCAGCCUGUUGAACAAACUGUUAGCACAAAUGUUAUUACACUGAGCACUGCGCCUGCAUUGAGCACAGUUAGUGCGGCACCUUUUCAGACAUUGGUUACUGAUGGUGGUAAUACCAUUGUGACAACAAGUAUACCUGUUCAGGUUGUUGAUGGUGACAAGAUGCCUAUCAAUCGUUUGGCAUCUGCUCCUAAGCUGAAGUGUAAAGGAGAAAAGCGUACAGCCCACAAUGCCAUUGAAAAACGAUAUCGCCUGAGCAUCAAUGAUAAGAUAGUGGAAUUAAAAGAUCUUGUUGCAGGAGUUGAAGCCAAGCUGAACAAAUCUGCCAUUUUAAGAAAAGCUAUUGAUAUGAUUCGCCAUCUUCAGAGAGAUAACAGUAGGUUAAAACAAGAAAACCUGAACUUAAAGAUGAUCUUGAAGAAACAAAAUCCAAAUGAUUUCUUGCUUUUGAAUGAAAGCAUGGUGACAGAUACUUCUGACACUUCAGCCAUGACACCUCCUUAUUCUGAUCCUCCAUCAGGACCUAGCAGUCCUAACCAGUCAGAUGAAUACUCUAAUCCUAAUAGUCCAAGCAGUGAUGAUCUGAUGUCUGAUGACCUGAUAUAUUCUAGUCAGUCGGGAAUGCUGGACAGAUCAAGGAUCUUCUUAUGCAUGUUUAUGUUUUGUGUUCUUAUCUUUAAUCCAUUCAACUAUUUCUUCAAUUCCUUUGCACCAUCUGGUUCAAGUCAACAACAUCAUAGUUCAAGAACGCUAUUGUCAGAAGAUGAUUCCCAACCUUCCUGGUAUGACAAGAUGUUCCCUUCUUUGUUUCUCUGGCUGCUGAAUGGUAUUCUCAUCACUUUUGUGCUUGCUAAACUUCUGAUAUUUGGAGAACCAGUGACGAAGAAGAAUAGUAAUGCUGCAGUGGCUUUCUGGAGGCACAGAACUCAAGCGGAUUUGGACAUGUCAAGGGCUGAUUAUUCUGCUGCUUUUCACCAACUGCAGCUAUGUUUGCUAGCACUUGGAAGACCCCUGCCUACAUCUAAAGUAGACCUGGUAUCUGGAGUAGGGUGGCAGAUUUUGCGCCAGUGCUUGAAUCGAUUAUACUUAGGAAGGUGGUUGGCUAGCAGAGCAGGGAGUCUGACAGGCAAGCAUAGCGCAGAUGUCAAGGAAUCAGCAAAAGAUGCUGCCAAUGUUUUCCACAUUCUGAAUCAAAUACAUCUAAGUGGACACAUAAAGGGAAGUCGUCUCUGGGGUUUAAAUUUGGCUCUCAGUGCUGUAAAUAUUGGAGAAACUGCAAAAGAUGCUUUGCCUAGGUUUGAAUUGGCCAGGAUAUAUGCCACAGCUGCCCUUCAAAUCAAAGCAUCUCUACCAGAAGGAUUUCAAUUCAUUGCUAGAUAUUUUCUCAGCCGUGCUCGUCACAUUUGUAAAAAAAGUGGUGACCAAGUUCCUCCCAAUAUUCAGUGGUUGUGUCACCCUGAAGGGCAUCGUUUCUUUGUUGACAGUGUGAAAUUUGAAGGUGACAAGGACUCAAUCUUUUCUUCCAGAGGGACAGAAGUUGAUCCAUUGGCCAGAGUAACUCAGGCAUUCCGGGAACAUUUACUUGCCCAGGCAAUGUUUUCCUUGGUAUCCCCAAGUGACCCCUCAAAGAAAAAACAAAGUGAACCUCUUAUUUAUGCCCAGCUUUUGUUAGAAUGCUCAUGUCUCAGUUCUGGAGGCCAGAGCAGUGUUCCAGACACACCAGGAAUUUCUAAAGUUACAGAAUUAGAUGAAGUUGCUUUGUGGUGGGGCAACAUAGUGCUAGUUGCACAUCAUUGGCUUAUGGGAGAAGAUGACAAUGCCUCAAGAACUUACUCUAUUCUAGAUGUCUUCCCAAAGAAAUUAAAUGGCAUUGAUGAUCCUUUACCAAGGGCUGUUUAUUUAGCUUACAAAGCUAAGAAAAAUGUUCUGGUCUCACCAGAAUGUAAAACUUUAAUAGCUUCAUUAAGACAGUGUGACAGAGCAGGGCGACUAUUACGAGAGAGUUUAAAGCUUGCAUACACUGCAGAAAAUAUCACCAUUAUAAAAAGUAUACAGUUACUGUUAUGUGACUGGCUUUUAACAACACGUACAAACAUUUGGGAGAUAAACCAAGAAGAUAGUGGAGUUAGAGUAGCUUCACAGACAGAGCUGAUUGCCUUCCAGCAAGACUUAGCCAGCUUGAGAAAGUUAUCACAAGUUAUGAAAGCUGCACUACCUAAAGUAUUCCUGCAUGAAGCCACAUCCAGAAUAAUGGCUGGUGCAAGUCCUGGGCGUACCCAGCAGCUUUUAGAUAGAAGUAUUAGACAUAGAAAUAAACCUAAUAUUACACAUCCUGAAAAAGAUGAUUCUGAUAGUCCUAAUGAAGACGAAUGCAUUGAGCGAGAAAGAGCAGCAGCUCUUCUUAUGGCUGGACGUCAUCUCCCUUCCAAUGUAAUGGGGGGAGUAGGAGAAAGAAUUAACCUUAUAAAAGAAGCCAGUCGUUUGUAUGAAAUCAUUGGAGACAAAAAGUCUGUACAGUUGUGUCGGAAAGUUCUCAUGGAUGUGGACAUUUCAAAGCAGAACUUAGAGAUUCCACUUGCUGGCUGUUAAACUUGUCUGAUAUUUGAGUAUAAAGACGAUGUAGGAGAAUGGCAAGGUUUACCCACUUGCUGAAAAACUUGUGAAUGAUUUAUUUUUCUUUAAAUUAUUGAAAUGAAUGUCUUUGAACAUUUUCAAAUGUUGACUAAAGUCAAGGGGGUAAAAGUUACAAUUAUGAUUCUCUUUAUAGUUAGAAUUACUUUUUAUUUUUUUCUAACUCCAUGGAUUACAACAGAUAAAGUUAAGAAAAAUUUAAAUCUCUCAGUCUACAGUUUUUAAGGUUUUGUAGAAGGAAAACCACUUGUAUUCAGUGUUACAGGUGCAUAAUCUGCGCUGAGCUUUGCUGCUCUAGUGAAUGGCAGAUUACUGUAUUGAUAUUUGAGGGAGAUUAAAUUCAAGGUUAAUAGUUUGACUCGCCCUAGUGAUCUUUUCUUGGUUGAUUUUUUUAUAAGUGAUAAUUAUAUAUGUUUUUUUUUUAGCCUAAUUAUUCCCUGAAAUGUCUACUUGCAUAUCAAGUAUGGUUUUGAUAUUACGUUCCACAAGUCUGUAGAAUGAAUUCCUAUUUGGUGAUAGAAAUAAGCUUUCUUGAAACCACAUUGUUUGUGUUGUUGUUUUAUUUAGAACAUCCUGUUAGAUGUUAGCCACUUUUGUUGUAUUUUUUUUCCUACAGCUUACCAGAGUGAAUGAAUGUUUGACGAUUGUUUCCUUGAGAUUGUACAUAAUGCAUUUCAGAUUUCACUCUUUGUUAAUUACAUAUAAAAAAAAUUAAAGAUGUUUUUAUAUAAUA